AUGGCUACCGAUGUCCCAUCCGCCGAAGCAGCCCUUCCCGGCAAUGGGGUUGCUGCCAAAGAAGAUGCUCCCAGAGGGGCCUCCUCAGCCCUCUUCACCCCGCUCACCAUUGGCAAUGGCAAGAUCACACUCUCUCACCGUAUUGUCCUCGCCCCUCUGACCCGCAACCGCGGUGUCCCUCUAAAUCCUAACCCUACUCCCGAGUCCCCAAAUCGCAUCUGGUACCCCGAUUCCCUGGUGAAAGAGUACUACCUCCAGCGCACCACCCCCGGCGGCCUCCUCAUUACCGAAGGACUCCCCCCCUCUAUAGAGGGUAAUGGCAUGCCCGGCGUCCCCGGUCUCUUCUGCGAAGAGCAAAAGAAAGGAUGGAAAGAGAUCGUUGAGGCCGUGCACGCAAAAGGAGGAUACAUCUACGCGCAGCUCUGGAACUCGGGCCGAGCGUCGAUACCGCACCAUACUGGUCUCCCGACGGUCAGUUCAAGUGCGACGCCCUAUGAAGGUGAUGAGGUGUAUUCGCAUCCGCCUCCUGGAACGAGUACGAGUGUCAAGUAUAGCGACUUCCCACCUACGGAGUUGAGCGUUGAAGGUAUCAAGAAACAGAUCGCAGAUUAUGUCGCCUCGGCGAAGAUGGCCGUUGAGGAGUGUGGGUUUGAUGGCGUGGAAGUGCAUGGAGGGAACGGAUAUUUACCCGAACAGUUCUUGGCCAGCAAUAUCAACAAACGCACCGAUGACUAUGGAGGAAGUCCAGAGAAGAGAUGUAGAUUUGUGUUGGAGUUGAUGGAUGCGUUGGCACGGGCUGUGGGAGACGACAGGUUGGCGAUUAGGUUGAGUCCAUUUGGAUUGUUUAACCAGAAUAGAAGCGACCAGAGGCUUGAGACGUGGGGCCAUUUGUGUAGGGAGCUGAAGAGGAAGCAUAGCUUGAGUUAUGUGCAUUUUAUUGAACCGAGAUAUGAGCAGCUACACAGCCUCGAGGUGAAGAAUAAGUUUUUGCAGUCUUGGGGUAUGCUAGAUAUCGAUCUCAAGGUCUUCAGAGAGAUCUUUGGAGAGACUCCUUUCUUUUCUGCAGGAGGCUGGAACGAUAAGAAUUGCUGGGGCGUGGUGGAAGAAAAAACCUAUGAUGCACUUGCUGUCGGCAGACUAUUCCUGAGCAACCCGGAUUUUGUCGCGAGGCUCAAAAACGGUCUUCCAUUGAAUGCCUAUGAUCGAUCACGAUUUUAUGGCCCUUUCGCAGACCGAGAGGUUGGUUACACCGAUUACCCCACCUACGAGGAGGUUCAAAAGUCUGUCAAAACAUAG